GCAACAGAAGGAUGAGGGAACGUCCCGACCGGCGCUGCUGUUAGACAGAUGUUGUUGCGUUCGCAGAAGGCUGCGGCCCCGAGAUAAAUUGCCGGCGUUGUGUUGAAGGCUGGGCGCGAUUCGCUUUGACUGCAGCUGGGGAAGAGUCUUGGCCAGCCGUUUGGAGUGGCUUUAUUUCCAAGAUGAACGAAGAAGAACUGGUGGAGUAUUUCAGGACCCAGAUGAGGAAGGACUCGGACAUGGCUUCCGCUGUAGCCGCCAUCCGCACCCUGCUGGAGUUCCUCAAGAGAGACGAAGGAGAGACGCUCCAGGGACUGAGAGAGAACCUGACGUCGGCUACAGACUGCUUGACUCGGGUGGACUCCUCUGUGGCGGUCUCCUCAGGUGGCGAGCUCUUCCUGCGUUUCAUAAGUCUCACGUCGCUGGAAUACAAGGAUCUGUCAUGCUGUAAAAAAGUGAUGGAGGAGAGGGGAGAACUGUUUCUAGAGAAGAUUUUACUGUUCAGAACUAAGGUGGCCAAGCUCUGCCACACCUUCAUCAAAGAUGGCGCGAAAAUCCUGACUCACUCGUACUCCAGAGUAGUGCUCAGAGUUCUGGAGAAAGCUGCAGCUGAGAAAAAACGCUUCUCUGUCUAUGUUACUGAAUCUCAGCCUGACGCAGCGGGGCAACAGAUGGCAGAAGCCCUGAGAAAACUCAAUGUUCCGGUGACGGUAGUACUGGAUGCAGCCGUAGGGUACGUCCUGGAGAAAGUAGACCUUGUUAUUGUCGGGGCAGAAGGAGUCGUGGAGAGCGGGGGGAUAAUCAAUAAGAUCGGUACCUAUCAGAUGGCGGUCUGUUCGAAAGCUCACAACAAGCCCUUCUACGUCGUGGCGGAGAGUUUCAAGUUUGUUCGGCUGUAUCCACUCAACCAGCAAGACGUCCCAGCUAAAUUCAAGUACAAGGCCGACACCCUGCAAAAAACAGAGAAUCUGUCAGAGGAGCAUCCUAUGAUUGAUUAUACGCCUCCUUCCCUCAUCACGCUCCUCUUCACGGACCUGGGAGUUCUCACGCCGUCUGCCGUCAGUGAUGAACUCAUCAAACUUUAUUUAUAACUGUGUGCCACCAUGCUCAAAUAAAAAUCAUUAUAGAGCAAAACC